CUCCGCUUUCCUCGAGAGUUUUCCCGCGCUGCUCUUGGCGUAAAACAACACACUGAGCUGUCAGCCUGUAUUUACCGUCUCGGUGGCAGUUCAACAAUAUUUUUUAACAACUGUACCGGAGCGGUUGUCCACGUUGUCCGGUAAUGCCGUCCUCCGGUUAUGACUCGGCCUGUCUGCCGGACCUCUUACCGCUGUACUACCGCCGGCUGUUCCCCUUCUCCCAGUAUUACCGCUGGCUCAACUAUGGUGGAGUGCAGAAGAACUACUUUCAGAAUCGAGAGUUCUCCUUCACACUCAAAGACGACAUCUACGUCCGCUACCAGUCGUUCAGCACACAGAGUGAGCUGGAGAAGGAAAUGCAGAAGAUCAACCCUUACAAGAUCGACAUUGGAGCAAUAUACAGUCACAGGCCCAAUCAACACAACACAGUGAAGUCAGGAACCUUCCAGGCCCUGGAGAAGGAGUUGGUGUUUGAUAUCGAUAUGACCGAUUACGACGACGUCAGAAGCUGUUGCAGUGCUGCAGACAUUUGCUCAAAGUGCUGGACCCUGAUGACCAUCGCCAUUCGCAUCCUGGACAGAGCUCUUCGAGAUGACUUUGGUUUCCAGCACCUGCUGUGGGUUUAUUCCGGCAGAAGAGGAGUUCAUUGUUGGGUGUGUGAUGAAGCUGCCAGGAAGCUCUCUGUAGCAGCUCGCUCUGCAGUCGCUGAAUACCUCAGCUUGAUUAAGGGAGGUGAAGAAAUGGUGAAGAAAGUGGUGCUGCUGGAUCCAAUUCAUCCUUUUAUCAGAGAGUCUUUGGAUGUGGUGGAGCAAUACUUCCCCCAGUACGCACUACAGGAUCAGGACAUACUGGGCCGCAAGGAAUCCGUAGACAAAGUGCUGGCGCUUGUGCCUGAAGAUGUAAGAAAAGAUUUACAGCAGGACUUCCAGAACGCGAAGAAACCAGAGACCCGGUGGAAAUUGAUCAAGGAACAAGCCAAAAGGAAACAGGGCACUGCCAAGAAGGGCCAGUACUUUGAGAAGGAAAUCAUGCUGCAGUAUUGUUACCCCCGGCUCGAUGUGAACGUCAGUAAAGGGGUGAACCACUUGCUGAAGAGCCCCUUCAGUGUCCAUCCCAAAACAGGACGCAUUUCUGUCCCCAUGGACCUCAAAGAAUUGGAUACGUUUGAUCCUUUUGCUGUGCCCACAAUCAGUUUGAUCUGUGAGGAGCUGGAUCGACCACGGACAGGCGAAGAGGAGGAGAAGUCCGCGGAGGAGAAGUCCGACGACGUCAAGGAGAAGGAAAAUGAGAAGGAUGCAGCAGAAAGACGAAAGAUCAGAGAUUUCAAAAGAACAAGUCUGGCGAAGUACGUGAAAUACUUUGAUCAGUUUCUGGAUGGGAUGGCUCGUUCGUGGAAAGGAGAUCUUCUCAGAAAAAGUGAUCUUCAGAAAGAAUUCUGAAGUGGAUCAACAAUCAGAAAGAUACAAGAAGAGGCUGUUAGUGUGCAAACUGUCGUCAACAAUAACAAUAACUCCUUUUGUUAUUUUACUCUGAGACUCAGCAAUAAUACAUUCAUAAAUAAACAUAAAUCAUCUCCUUACUGUAGGAUUUUCACAGUAAAAUGCCAGUUUUUCAUGUUGUUUGUCUGCUUGUUGCCUCCUUUUUGUUUU